CUUGUCAUGGUUCUUGAUUUUAUUUUAAAAAGAAAAGAUGCCACGGAAUGCGGAAGGAAAAUUACUUUUUUAUGAUAAAGUCUACGUUUGUUGGUGGUAAAAAUUGCUUUAACGGUUCGGAGACGGACAUUUUGCUCAUUUUAUCAGAUAAAUCAUGGAAAAAAUACGAAGGCCGAGGAGUCAUGAUUUUCGCGAUCAUGCUGUAACUUACGUUGUAGGUACUGAUCAGAUUUAUGGAAUAGAUGGUUUUUAUUCUAUGUACCCCAUGUCAAGUCCAGAAAUAAUAAAAGAUGAAGACAAUCAUAUGAGGAACAAGGAUUUCCAAACACAGGAGGAAAAUAAAACGUUAAAAAUAGAAACCUUAAGAGAUGAAAUCAUAAAAAAUGUUGAUAAGAUCAAUCAACUGAAAUUUGACAUUCUAUCGAAAGAAAAUGGAUCUUACACCUCCAACAACGGAAGACUGAGGGUAAAAAGUCUUAUACAAAACAGUGCGCGUCUUGAAGACCUUGAAUCUGAAAUGGCCGUUCUAAAGAUAAAUGUCGAGCAUGCGCAGGGCUUAUUUAAGGAUGCUCGCCAGGCUGCAGAUGAGAAGGUGGAGCAGUGUCUAGGACUACAUCGCUCCCGGUGUGCCUGUGCUGAGCCUGAUACGAUUUUUAUACGAGAUAUCUGUGAUAAAGCUGCGGAUAUCCAAAUAAAAAGACGUUGUUAUUCCUCAAGUGUACACAUCGAAAGGUGCACCAAUAGGAAGAACCAUAUAGGGUGGUUGAGAGGAAAUAAUUUGUUGUCCAUUUCCGGUUGUUUUGCAUCUCCUAAAAUAUAUAUAUCAGGACUGUUUGUCAAUCUUGUUAUUUCAAUCAAAGGAUUAGCUGGACAGCCUGAAAUUCAUAUUAAAGGUGUUUGUAUAUCCCCUCAGAUCCUGGUACACGGCACCAAACUUAAACCCACCGUGUUUGUUGAUGGGGUUGUCAGUGAUCCUUAUUUGCAAGUUGGCGGACUUGGAUCAAGACUGAAAUUAAAUGUAACCGGGAUCUGUUGCAGGCAGAGUGUCGUUGUAGGUGGUAAAAAAUGUCAAACAAAACUUAGAGUUUUCGGGAUGUGUAACAUAUGAUGAAGGGUUUAUUGUGUCAGUACUAGUGUCAAGUUAAAUCCCAUUACAAUGAUUAUAAAGGACUUUAUAAAGAGUGUAAGAGAGUCAUUUUCCUAUCAUUAUAACCCACGGGUUUUCUCUCCGUUAUUGAAUUCUCUCUCUCUCUC